AUGUCGCCUCGACGCUUUCACCACUUGGAGCCUCCAAACGAGCACGGCUCCCGCACCCCAAGGUCGCCCUCAUGUUCGAGCUCCGAGGCCUCCAUAUUUAGCAGCCGUCCCAGCUCGCCCGAGUCCGACUCCAACGAUGACGACACACCAACUGAGCUGCUCGAGUUUCUACGUGCGUCAAAAUCCUCCAGGCCGAACCUGAGCCUAGAUCUGUCCCCCGAGACCCUCAACAGCGCCCUCGGGGACCUCAACAUCGAUGCACUCCGCCGCCGCCGCGCCGCCUCGCCCUCACAACCUCUGACCGGAGGCAGGCAACAAGACGCAUCGAGGAGGCACUUCCCCACGAGAGAACCCCCAAACCCGCGAGCCUCCCUGCCGCUGGCCAUGACGGGCUCCCCGGGGCCGCGGAACGAGGCCUUUGAGAACUACCUCUCGGGGCUCCGGCAGCUGGGGUCCAGGGAGUCCGAGGUCUACCUGCUCGACCAGUCCACCAUCAUCAAGAUGGGAGACGAGAUGCUGCUGCACGAGGCCAGCGUGCUCCAGUUCGUGGCCGAGAACACGUCCGUCCCCGUCCCGCGCGUCCUGGGCUUCGGCAGGGUACCCGGGACCUGUGACCAGGCCUACAUGUUCAUGGACCGCAUCGCCGGCGACGCGCUCUCGGAUGUCUGGGACGAGCUUGACGCCGCCGCCCGCUCCGACAUUGCCUGGCAGCUGCGCGACAUGUAUAGGGACCUGCGCUCCCACAAGCACAACUCGGUCUGCGGCAUCCUCAUCCGCGAGGAAGACGAGGGGGAGGAGGAAAAUCAGCAGCAGCAGCAGGGCCACACCCCUACCGUGACCGCCGGCGCUCGAGACAACGGCGCUCCUGCUGCUGCUGCUGCUGCUGCUGCUGCCGCCCCCGCCCCCGCCGCCCGCACCAGGACCGUCUACGACCAGGCCGGCUGCACCGACAACUUCUUUGGGUAUCCGGUCGGGCCCUUCGACUCGGAGCCGGACUUUGUCAAGGAGCUGGCCCACGUGAUGCUCUGCAGAGGAGGGCCCGAUUGCCUCGACGUCGUGCCUAUGCUGGAGGACCUGGCGGCGUCGAGGCGGCCGCACCCCAAGAACACAUACCUGACCCACGGGCAGCUGAACCCCAGCAACAUACUGAUAAGGGACGGGCGGGUCGUGGGCAUCCUGGACUGGAGCGAGUCGGGCUUCUACCCGGAGUGGUGGGAGUACGUAAAGGCGCACUUUGACGGCGGCGCCGAGUCGUUUGUGGGCAGCGGCGCCGUGUCGUAUAUUCUGGGCGAGGACUACCCCGCCGAACUGGAGACGAUGCUACAUGCAAGAGAUCUUAUAUGGUAA